CUCUCGUACUGCACGUGUAUUCCACAAGGAUGUCGGUUGCCACCACACAGCGCCUGGUGCCAAUUCGGCCAUCGCCACACAAGGGCGUGACAGUGUCUAAGAACGUCACAGUGAUCACAACUUCGGCUUCUCCCGCCACGUUAACGCCGCCCAAGACGGGACUCAAAAGGAAAUUGGCAGAUCCAAGUCCCGAGCCUGUGAAGUGUAAGCGACGCAUCAACUUUAGUGGCGUCGGGUAUGUAGUGUCGCCAGUGCCCGUGACAGUGGCCCGCCGAAAUGCCCGUGAGAGGAACCGUGUCAAGCAAGUGAACAACGGCUUUGCAACGCUGCGCCAGCACAUACCCGGAGCCGCCAAAGCCAAGAAGAUCAGCAAAGUAGAAACCUUGAAACAGGCAGUGGAGUACAUCAGGUCCUUACAGGAGUUGUUGGACACGCACGAUGCCCUGAUGCACCGCACCAACACGCUCGUCGCCUCCAGCCAGCCCUCGCCCGCGCCCAAGGAGCCAUCCCACCCUUACACCAACGCCGUGGCGCCCACGACUGUCUUGUCCCAGCAACAGUAUCGUGUUUUACAGUACCCAAGCUACUAUUACAGUGAAAACGUGUCACCAGUGCCUGCGUCAGUGUACCCAAUGAACGUGUCUGCAGUGUCUCCCACGUGCAGUGACGCAGCGGUGUCCCCAACGCCUUCGUACGAUUCCGCGUAUUCGUCGCAGUCCUCUCACGAGACGCCGGUCACGGUCACCACCACCAGUCUAAGCAACAUGUUCAACCCCGCCAGCACCACGACGACCCUGCCGGACGCCUACGACCCCCUGGACGCCUACGAGUCAGCCACGUCGCCCGAGGACGAGGAGCUUCUAGACGCCAUCGCCCUGUGGCAGCAGUGCCAAUAGCAGGUCGUUUGAAAUGUGAGUUCUACACUACUAUUUCGUCAUAUAAUGGACGUCAGAGCUUACUUUACGAAACUCGACUCUGAUUCAAGAUGGCUUUCGCCAAGGUAAUAAAAUCUCGUAAAACUCAAGUGCUCAGCGAGUUAUUUACGACUAUUGC